CACAAUAAGAAGAGAAUUAACAUUUAUUCGGGACAAAUUUUAUUGUUUUUGUACAUUUAUUGCUGAUUUGUGAAAUAAUUAAUAUAUAAAGAGUGCAAAGUUUAUGUUCUUUUUAGAGAGUAGCCUCCACGUUCUGCUCCUCCGUGAGUAGGCCCUCGGCCUGACCCGGUCCCUCCGCCAUGGUACUCAUCCUGGGCAGACGGCUGAACCGGGAAGACUCUGGAGUGCGCGAGUCUCCUGCCGUCAAGCGCAAGGUCCUGGACAUGGACCCCAAAACGCUGAGCAGCCACGACGUCUUCGACUUCUCCUCCGGCCCGUGCCACGCCGAGAGCGUCCUCCAGAUGUUCAACGAGUUCCGCGACGAGCGCCUCUUCACCGACGUCGUGAUCAGCGUGGAAGGCCGCGAGUUCCCCUGCCACCGGGCCGUGCUGUCCGCCUGCAGCAGCUACUUCCGCGCCAUGUUCUGCAACGACCACCGCGAGAGCCGCGCCAUGCUGGUGGAGAUCAACGGCAUCCGCGCGGAAGCCAUGGACGCCUUCCUGCAGUACGUCUACACGGGCCGGGCCCGCAUCACCACGGACAACGUGCAGUUCCUGUUCGAGACCUCCAGCCUGUUCCAGAUCGGGACGCUCCGGGACGCCUGCGCCAAGUUCCUGGAGGACCAGCUGGAUCCGUGCAACUGCCUGGGCAUCCAGCGCUUCGCCGACGCCCACUCGCUCAAGCAGCUGGCCAACCGCUGCCGCGCCUACGCCCUGCAGAGCUUCGCCGACGCCGCGCAGCACGAGGAGUUCCUGGACCUGCGCCGCCACGAGCUGGAGGAGUACAUCGCCAGCGACGAGCUCGUCAUCGGGAAGGAGGAGGCCGUCUUCGAGGCCGUCCUGCGCUGGGUCUACCACGACACCGAGCACCGGCGCACCGACCUACGCGACCUCCUGACGCACGUCCGCCUGCCCCUCCUGCACCCCAACUACUUCGUGCAGACCGUAGAAGGGGACCAGCUCAUCCAGAACGCGCCCGAGUGCUACCAGCUGCUUCACGAGGCACGCCGAUACCACGUGCUGGGGAACGAAAUGAUGUCGCCGAGAACCCGGCCACGCAGAUCCACCGGCUUCUCCGAGGUCAUCGUGGUAGUGGGGGGCUGCGAGAGAGUCGGGGGCUUCAAUCUACCCUACACCGAGUGCUACGACCCCGUCACAGGAGAUUGGAAAUCGCUGGCGAAACUCCCAGAGUUCACCAAGUCCGAGUACGCGGUGUGUGCCCUUCGCAAUGACAUACUGGUGUCAGGUGGUCGAAUCAACAGCAGGGACGUGUGGAUGUACAACUCUCAGCUCAACAUCUGGAUCCGAGUGGCGUCGCUCAACAAGGGGCGCUGGAGACACAAGAUGGCUGUACUGCUGGGCAAGGUGUAUGCGGUGGGCGGUUACGACGGACAGUCGCGUCUGAGCAGCGUGGAGUGUUACGACUCUUUCUCCAAUCGCUGGACCGAGGUGGCCCCCAUGAAGGAGGCCGUCAGCUCCCCGGCGGUUGCCGGCUGCAUCAACAAGCUGUUCGUCAUCGGAGGAGGCCCUGACGACAACACCUGCUCAGAUAAGGUCCAGUGCUACGACCCAGAAUCCGACUGCUGGUUGCUAAGGGCCAACAUCCCCAUCGCCAAGCGCUGCAUCACGGCCGUGUCCCUCAACAACCUGAUCUACGUGUCUGGAGGUUUGACCAAAUCGAUCUACUGCUACGACCCCACCGAGGAUUACUGGAUGCACGUGGUUCAUACGUUCAGUAAACAGGAAAGCUGUGGUAUGUCCGUGUGUAACGGGAAGAUCUACAUCCUGGGCGGGCGGGGCGAGACCGGCGAGGCGUCGGACACCAUCCUGUGCUACGACCCGGCCACGGGAAUCAUCACGGGCGUGGCGGCCAUGCCUCGACCCAUCUCCUACCACGGCUGCGUCACCAUCCACCGCUACAACGAAAAGUUCUACCACUCAUGACCCUGAACGUACAGCUCACCCCCUUACCCCCUUUUUAUACACUCACUCACGGGCACGGCGAUCCGCUGAGCCGUCGGUGUAGCAGGAGCGCGGGUGCCGGUGGACCCGCCAGUCAAAGCCAUUACUGCGAUUACUGCGAAGUGUCCUUAACCCUCAUGUUCUGUUUACCUCCUGGCGAUAGUGUUGCUGUUACACAGUUCCAUCAACCCAGGUUCGAUCCUGCCUCGGCUUACGGUCUGUGUAGAAUUCCACACCCCCCCCCCCCCCCCGGACAGGACGCCAAACUAUCAAGGGGCCUCAGCCACCCCCACCCACAUUUUGUAUUUCCAAACAUAUGACCCAGUCUGACCAAUCAGAAACGCUUGCUUUCCAUAUUUUGUUCCCCAACUAUGCCGAAUAAUUUCGUUACCAUAUCUAGAAACUUCCCCACUCUGUCUUAUCACUGCUUUAUCCCGAUCAGUGUUGUGGCGUGUCACUGGUCGCAAGGCAGGAACACACCCAACAGGGUGCCGAUCCAUGACUUCCUUCCAGGGCUUCCUUCCUCAGACUCAGCCAAUCAGGCCUGCGUGGACGCCUGGCCAGCCGUUAGCACCGCUCGGACGCGCUCGAACCCGGGUCUCUGGCCUCGGGCGAAACAGGUAGCGAAAUGAAUGGGACAUGCCCACGUUACCAUAGCAACCAAACUGCCUACACGAUCUCAAGCGGCCACAGUAUGAACACACGAACUGGAUUUCAUGGUUUUUUGAAAUGCAUCUUCUCCCCAGUUUCCUCCCGAUUUAGCGCUGCUGAGGGAUACCCGAUCGCGUCCCGGGAGAGCAUGUUGCUUCCCACGCCUCUUUCGACACGUGCGCAGCCCUCUUCUUCUCGCCCCUGCACUCUGCACAGUAGUAUGAAGAUCCCACACGUAACCCUGUCCCGUGGCGUAACUGGGUGCUCAUGGGCCCCAGUGCAAAAAAAUUAUUUGGGCCCCCUCAACAAAUUUCAUAUAUAUGCACACACACACACACACACACACACACACACAUACACACACACACACACACUGUAUGCUGAACAUAUUGUUAUAUAAUAAUAACGACCUGCUGAGGGCAGCCAAUGUGGGGGCAGUGCGGUGGGGGGUUGAGUUCAUGUCGUGGAGGGCCACCCCCCCCUUCCCCAUGGACCCCAGUGCACCUGCCAAUUAUGCCCACCAGAUGGCGCCCAGCCGACCGGUGGCAACCGAUGAGUUCUGAAUCUUGGCGCCGGUGUGCUAGCGGAAUAUCCCGCUGCGCCACCUGGGCGCCCAUCAUUUUUAAUUUGCAGUGCAAAGACGGGAUCCAGUCCGCCCCGUCACAUGUCACAUGGCGUCACAUGUUUUCAGCUGUAGAAAUAACACCCUGGCUGAUGAAACAGUAUCUAGGAUACACCAAUUUUAUAGCUUAUGACCACAAUUGAACAGAGCAUAAAGAUUAAGGACGCAUUUUUAUUUUCUCUGUCAUUUUUAAUACCGUACUUAUUUGCUAUUACUGCUAUUUUUGGAUAUAUCCAUGUAUGGUAUGGUGUGUUUGCUGGGUGGAUGGUGUGGAGCCUUCGGUUGGAAUGUCGGGCGAAUGCGACGUCUGAAUGAGGUUUGUUCGGCUCCGGUAAUAUUUUUAUUAGAUUUAGUUUUUACUUCAAGGCUUCGGGCGAACACGUAUGGUUACUGCGUAUUACUAUGUGUGGCUUUUGUGAUGCUCGACUCAGUGCUGUGUGUUUUCAGGAAAUAAUUUAUAAACCGCAUACGUUUGGUGAAUAGUGGAAUAGUGAAAAGUCGUACUUUAUGCGUAUUAUGUUUAAUAUUUAGCCGUUAUGAAUAUGAAUCUUUCUGUUCGGUCUGUUUUACGUCUUUAAUCUGAGCUUUAAUGCAAGGUUGUGUUUAUUUUUUUUAAGUGUGUUUUAGCCCCAACAGAGCACUUUUAAUGUAUCAUGUAUUUAAACUCUUUAUUAGUAUCUUGCUAUCUUAAAAUGUAGUCAUUUCUAAUUCCCUAUUCCGAUUCCUCUACUGCUUGCAACCCCCAGCUUUCCCAAGGAGGGCUGCAGAUGUGCGCCCGCCCCCGGUGGAUCCUCAAUGUGCUCCUCUGCUUUGUGGACGGAGCCUGGACCAGGCAGACGGAGAAACCCGAUCAUACCUUCCCUACCUCAGGACUAGCAGGACAUUUCUAUGACCCCACCACCGCCUCACUGACCCAUUUUCCUAUUUUCCUAUUUUUCUUCAUUAUCAUAGACACUGACACUACUGUACAGGACGUAAAAGUGAUGUAGCAGUGGGAGUGAUUGCAUUUUUUGUUGUACCUUGUCAUUUAGAAAGACUUUUACAGCUUUUAAUAGGAUUAUGCGAUUAAUUAUUAAUCGAGACUUUAAAUUAAUUAAUCGUGAAUUUAAGGAAGAGGUAAGUCAUGGCAGUUUUGGGAUUCCAGCUGUUUCUGCAUCUGUUUUGCGACCGAAUACCAAUAAUUAGUUUAUUGUAAGUUUGUGGGUCUCAUACAGCAAUUUGUAAUUUGUUAGUGUUAUGAUCGACUAUAGAUGGUGACUUCUCUGUGCCCAGUCAGACAGAGCCGAUUUGACGUCGCCUGUAAGACUUUCAUGAGUCUGGACGGUUGCUUGGAGCUAUUUCUUAGCAACUUCAGUCCCUAAGAUCAUAUGUUCAAGGUACAUGGAAGAGUUGUCUUUUUUUCCCAAGGUCCCAAAAGAAACCCCAAAAUCUCCACUCAUUUUAAGAGAAACUUUGAAUGGAUGGUCAUAUAUAAUCCAAGAUCCAGUGGUGUUUCAGAAGCUUCUAAUUUCUGGCAGACUGGUUUUAGUGGUUCUUAUAUUCCACCUGAUCAUAUGAACCAAAUUGCAAUUCGUUUUCCCCCUGGCAUUGGCGAAGACGCCACUGUUCCAUGUAUUUCGGAACCUGACGUUGCACCGCAAUGGCUUCAAGUGACAUUUAGCAACUUCAGUCCCCAAGAUCAUCUGUGCAAGGUACAUGGAAGAGUUGUCUUUUUCCCCAAGGUCUAAAGAAAACCCAAAACCUCUACUCGUGUUAAGAGAAGCUUUGAUCGGAUGGUGUUAUAUAAUCCAAGAUCCAGUGGUGUUUCAGAAGCUUCUAAUUUCUGGUUCUUAUAUUCCACCUGAUCAUAUGAACCAAAUUGCAAUUUGUUUUCCUCCCUGGCAUUGGCGGAGACGCCACUGUUCCAUGUAUUUUGGAACCUGACGUUGCACCCAAUGGCUUCAAGUGACAUUUCCAGCAAUAAGUGGAUGUUGUUAUAGCUGAAAAGAUCAAAUGAUGUCACUGGAUAUCAUUUAAUACCAUUUUUAAUGGAAUGUCUGACAAGAUCGUGGUCAUGUGUCCAAAUAUUUUUGACCAUAUAGAGCAUCUUUUACUUAAUUAGUCUAAUCCCAAGACUGGUAGGACAUUCCUGUCUCCUAAAAGUGUUUGUAAACAUAUAAUCUGUAUAAUGAGGGGGUUAAAACCUUGAUUCCAAAACUCUUUGGACGCUAAUAAGUAUUGUAUUUAGUUACUUUUUAGGUAUGUGGAACUAUCUAUGAGUUGUAUAAAUUAUAGCCAUAAUAAAUACACCAUAUGGGUAAAAGUAUAUAAACACUCGUUGUGUAAUGGUUCAGUUCAGGGUACUUCAAACACACACAUUGGUAACAUUUGUAAAUAAUCAAUUUGCUUUGACGUGGUUUGACUUGUUAUUUGGUGUACCGGAACUCCAGUGGUCUGCACAAACCCUGACCUCAACCCAGUUAAACUGAAACGUUGACUGUGAAGUCUUUUUGUGGUGGUUGGGGGUCUCACAGGCAGAUGUUUGCAUACUUUUGGCCAUAGUAUAAGAGUAUACGAUGUAGCUAAUGGACCAUGGGACACUGAAUCCACCGUGUUUCCCUGGAAUCACUUAGCACGUUGCAGUGACACACCCUGGACAGGAUGCCAAUCCGUCACGGACUCACCAAGUGCAUUAUAAUAUUAUCUAUGCUUAUAAACAAACCAAAUAUCUUCUUGUUGUGAAUGUCUUAUUAUUAUUAUAAAGCUCAACACUCAUUGUUUUAAUUUUUCAGAGCGUUUGACAUGAAUGAGCGCUCUGUACUGUAAACUUGCCCUAAUAAAGCUGUUUUUCAUA